GUUAGCACUCUCGAGAGGAGACCUAUGAGCCCACCGCCCCCUUCCAGCCCCGCGCUGGCGCCGGCGGCCACGGCCCCCUCCGCCGCCCAUGCCGGCCAACCUGCCGCCUCCUGGUUCAUGCCCCUCCCGCCCCCUCCUCCCGGGCUGCCGGCCGCUGGCUCGGCGCGCCCCGCUUCUCUGCCGCGGCCAACAGGUGGAUCGUGGGCGGAUCUGGUGUCGCCGCCGUCCCAUGGCCGCGGUGCUGGGACCGCGACGGACUCGGAGUUCGUCCCUGAGUCGCCCCUAGGUGCCGGUCUGCGGGGGUCUGGUUCGGUCGCUCCAUCAACUCGAGCUGCGGCUGGAUCGGCGCGAGCUGCGUCUGGAUCGGGCUUUCACUGUGAGGUGGGUGACGGAAAUAACUGCGCCGCGGCGGGAGCACGCUCCAGCCCAUCUCCACCAACGGCCUGCUCUUCAAUGCCGGCGACAAGCGCGGGGCGCGAGGCGGAUGUGACCGGAGCCUGGCAUCUCGUCAAAUCGCGGCGAGGCCCGUGCCGCCCGGCUUUGCCUGCCCAGGCAUUCACGUCGUCCCCCAUCCCGUGGUGGCUUAAAGGGCGCUGCUGCCGCUGCCUUGCUCCUGGACACCGCGCCUCAGCUUGCCGUGAGCCAUUUCGGUGCUCUCACUGCCUGCAAAAUGGCCACCGGGCUCGCGGUUGCAAGAAUAAGUGGCGUCCAUUAAGCUCCCUGCCGUGCCUCGCCUUCAUCCCUCCGCCGCCACUUCCCCGACCAGCUGCCGCUGUCGUUCAAGAUACCGUUCCCGUCUUCGGCCCGGGACGGGGCUGGCCUCUCCUCCAACCCCCUCCGCAGCUGCUGCUAGGCGACACCAACCCCGUCAUGUCAAGGCUGGGUGACGCGGCCAACCGGCCGGAGGAAGACUUCGUCGUGGUCCCUGCCACGCCGGAGAUGCAGGCGGAGUCGGUGCUGCUCUCCACCAACGCUGCCGUGGCCUGGUUUGAAGGGGCCCGUGAGGAUGUCCCUUGCCACACCGUGGCCGCUGCGUUCGCCGCCACCUUCGGCUUCCGGCCGGCGGACGUGAGUGUUGUGCGGCACUUCCCCGAGCAGUACCUCGUCAAGUUCAUGUACCAGCACAAUUGCGCGGACGCCGUCAACCGUGGCGACUUCCUCGUCGGCAACUCCUCUCUCUUCGUCCGCGCCUGGAGGCUCGAGGUGCACGCUGACAAUGAAGACAUGAUGCACCACGUCCGUUUGUGCAUCGAGGGGAUCCCGGUCCAUGCCUGGAAUGAGUACGUCGCUGCGUUCGUCAUCGGCCGUCGGUGCUCCCUCGACUACAUCGAGCAGCGGUCUCUGCGCCGGGAGGACACACGCGACCUAUCGCUCUGGGCGUGGACGUCCGACCCCAACGCCAUUCCUAAGGUGAAGUGGCUCACGCUGCCCGCCCGCGGCCUCCGACGCCGCGGCCGGCGCGGCCUGAGACACCGUGUGCUGCUGCACCUGGACCUGCUCGAGGACCACUCCAAGGCGCGGGACGACGACGACCCACCACCUCCUGACCUCUACGAGUACACCUGGUUCCGCCGUACAGUGGACGGCACGGUGCGGCGGGGAGACAGGCGUGCUGGUCAGCCCAGCGACGUCAAGCGCCCGGCGCGGCGCGACGACGACGACGACCGCGGCGGCCGCCGCGGGCGUGAUGGCCCGCGCGCACAGGGCGGUUGGCGCGACCGCAUCCGUCGCUCCCUGUCCAGGGGCGCCCGUGACCGUCAGCGGCAAGAUGGCCAGGAGAGGUCUCGCGAUCGCUCGAGCGGCAAGGGCGGGAGGCGCCAUGGCGCUGAAGCUGUGGCCGCCCUGGGUGACGCUGCGCCGGCCGUGCCACCCUUGGUCCUGAUGGGCUCUGGCUCCGCUAGUGACGAAGGGGCAGACGCCUUGGAGCUACAGCCGGUGCGUGGCCGCAGCCCGGCACGCCAAGGCUCACCGCGGGCUGCACGCAGACGCUCCUAGGAGAGUCUUACGCCACCGGUCUUGCCCCCGCUUUCCCCCACGUCGGUGCUGCCUCGACUUGCUUGCUCCAAGAGGGACGAGGCUCAGGCAAUGACAGCACCUCUGGCGGUCCCGUCCCCGACGGUGUUGCAGCUGUGCUCACCAACGCAUCUGCUCCCUCCUCUGUCGCCGGUGAAGCCCCCUGGG